GGCACCUCAAAGCUUUGAUGUAGCCACGCCCCUGCUCCUUUUGAUGUAUUGACUCUCGCUCGCUCCUCCUGUCAGUCUGUGCAGGCCGUCAGGUUGGCAGCUCAUCCGUGUGUGCAACAGAUUUAUGAAUUUGAUGAUCUGCUGUGAAAAUCGCGGCAGGUUAUUUUCUUUUUCACCGAGAAUGAACCUCAGUCUUCCAGAGCAGAACAUACACAGCUCCAGCGAGGAUGACAAAGCUGACGUCAUGCUACCUUGCAUCUCAAGAACCAUAUACAAUGAGCCUUUGGCUCCAUACUCCAGUGGUUCCAUCAUCUCUCAACUCCUCCGUAAAACAAUCCACAACAAGAGGGCGUUUGAUGAAAGUCAUUUCUACCAUUAUAGCUCCACUGCUGCCGACUCCUGCCAGGAGGAUCAAAGCAGUGUGUCCUCAAAAGACAGUAUGGUGGACGUCGGCUCCUCCAGUGGUCACUUUUCCACAGGGGCCAGCCCGGAUGGGGAACAUCACCUGAGUGACCAUCUGCAGGCCAAGAGGGCUCGAGUGGAGAACAUCAUCAAAGUCAUGGCGGGUUCUCCCAACAGCAAGCCACAUGGAGAUGUUGAGAGGUCUGAGGGUGAUCCCAGAGACACCAGGGAGACCAGAGAGGUGUACAGAGAGAAUAAACGUAAGCAAAGGUUGCCUCAGCAUCAGGAAGGCUCAAAAGACAGAGGAGCAGGAGGCAACAAUGGUGACAGCUUGAGCACUAAAGAUGAAGAGUGUCACAAGCUGCAAGAGCAGCUCCACAGCAUGCAGAGGCUGCUGCGGCAGCUCCAGGAGAAGUUUUUCCAAGUUUACAACCAGGACGAUUCCAUGCACAACGACAGAGACAAGACAGCAGCUGACACCGAGCAUGACAUCUUGGCCCAAAGCACCAAGUCACCCUUUGACUUUGAGAUGAAGGGCAGCAGGUUAUCUGCAGAGUAUAUAGACCAAAUGAAAGUAACUGGGUGUUUGGGUCAUCAAAGAGAAAGCCAGAACCUGCAAGAAACCCUGAGGCAGGAGCUCUCCAAGGCUGUGGAUGAGUGUGUGGACCGGGUGUUCAAGAAGUUGAGUUCCACAGGGCUGGAGCUGUCACCUCAGCAGAGCGUGUGCUUAUCUUCAGAGAUGAAUGUGGAUCCAGAAAGGAAGAACUCCACCCAGGAGCAGCUCCAUGCUGAAGAUGCUGCAGUCAAACAGCAGCCACCUGAGUACUAUGAAAGCCCUGAGGCCCAAAAUCAACAGGACCAGACAGAAGCACUGUCACUGGUGGUCCGCAAGCCUGUGGUGACCCCACUGAGCUCAAUGCCUCCGACAGUGAAAAGGCCCUAUGCAGUACACCACACACCGUUUCAGUUUAACUACAGUCCACCAAUGCAUGACAGCCAGAUCCUGGAGCACCUCCUCAAGUAUGGACCCCACUCCAACUUUGGUGGUCUCACUUGCAUGCCUCCAUCAAUGGACAGGACCUCUCCAGACUCAGUGGACUUGCCCUGGGAUUCCCUUGCCAUGAGAUCCAAGGUGACCUCCAGCCAUUUAGGACACCACCCUCGUCCAGCCGCUCUGGGACCAGUGACGGUGGACAACCUGUGUCUCCCGCAUGUCAAAAUCGAUUGUGCGGAUCUGCAGAGCAUGGCUGACCGAAACCCCUACAUGUCUCUCAACAUUCAGGAAGGUCUCACGCCCAGCCAUCUGAAGAAGGCAAAGCUCAUGUUCUUCUACACCCGCUACCCGAGUUCCAACGUACUGAAAACCUUCUUCCCUGAUGUCAAGUUCAAUCGCUGUAUCACCUCUCAGCUGAUCAAGUGGUUCAGCAACUUCAGGGAGUUCUACUACAUCCAGAUGGAAAAGUUUGCCCGGCAGGCCAUCGCUGAUGGCAUCAGAGAUGUCAAAGACAUCAAAGUCAGCAGGGACUCAGAGCUGUUCCGGGCACUGAACAUGCACUACAAUAAAGCCAAUGACUUCCACGUUCCAGACAGAUUCCUGGAGGUUGCCGAAAUCACCCUCCAUGAGUUUUAUAAAGCCAUUUCUGCAACCAAGGAUUCAGAGGCCUCCUGGAAGAAGGCCAUCUACAAGGUAAUCUGCAAACUGGACAGUGACGUCCCAGAAGACUUCAAAACGUCUUCCUGUUUGUAGACUGAAGUACCCAAAGACAAAGUCAAAGGAAAUUGUGGGUUGGGAGUCAGUCAUCACUCUGUCAGUAUUGUAUUGUAGUGCAUUUAGUGAGUUGAAAUCAAAAUGUAGAUGUUGCUUAA